AUGGCAGCUGUCUAUUAUUAUUUUUCGGCUAUCAUCUUAGCUGAGCAACUAUUACAUCGUCAGCACAGAAUACGAAAUCUGAUAGGAAAGUCCACAUUGGAAGGAUGGCUGCUUCUCUUCAAGGAUACCGUGAGCAAUCCUGAUCGCCAUCCAGGAUUUCUCUCGGUUCUUGGAGAGAAGGNGAACUUCCACAUUGGAAGGAUGGCUGCUUCUCCUCAAGGAUACCGUGAGAAAUCCUGA